CGGAGAUGAGCGGUGGGCUAGUGGCGGGGUCGCGGCCGUGAGGGGCGCCCAGCGCGCCAUCGGGGUCCAGAACUACCUGGAGGUGAGCUCCGCCGGCGGCUGCAGGGAUGGAGGAGGGCGACCCCGGGGAGGGGCAGAUGGGAACCCCCGCGCCCAUAGGGGUUCGGAGAGCCGUCCCCCGCGGCUCCAGUCUUCGCCCCGAGCUUCUCGCCCCGCCCCCGGCGGCUCUGUCCCCGCAGGAGGCCGCAGAGCGGCUGAACUCAGUCGUGCCGGUCAAGCUCACCAUCUCCAGCCGCACGGAUGCCGGGGUCCACGCCCUGAGCAACGCGGCGCACCUGGACGUCCAGCGCCGCUCAGGCCAACCGCCCUUCUCCCCUGAGGUCCUGGCUAAGGCCCUCAACACCCACUUGAGGCACCCGGCCAUCCGGGUACUCCAGGCCUUCCGUGUGCCCAGCGACUUCCAUGCCCGCUACUCAGCCACUUCCAGGACCUAUCUAUACCGCCUGGCCACUGGCUGCCCCCAGCCUGACCAGCUGUCCGUCUUUGAACAAAACCGGUGCUGGGCGCUGCGAGCAGACAGCUUGGAUGUGGCUGCCAUGCAGGAGGCUGCCCAGCACCUCCUGGGGACACAUGACUUCAGCGCCUUCCAAUCGGCUGGCAGCCCAACCACAAGCUCAGUGCGCACACUGCGCCGAGCCUCAGUGUCCCCUGACCUGCCCAGCCCCUUUGUCCUCCCGCAGGAGAGCAGGGCCACACUGUGGGCUGGGGCUGGCCUGUGUCCCAGAUGUCACAGGUGCCUGUCUCUCCAGGAGGUUGCGGUUCUGGAGCCUGGAGUUCGAGAGCCAGUCAUUCCUGUACAGACAGGUACGGAGGAUGACGGCUGUACUGGUGGCUGUGGGGCUGGGGGCUCUGACGCCUGCUCAGGUGAAGAGGAUUUUGGAGAGCCGGGACCCCUUGGGCAGGCACCAGACGCGUGUGGCCCCAGCCCAUGGCUUGUUCCUGAAGUCAGUGCUUUACGGGGGCCAUGGGGACCUUGCAACUGGAAAUCCAGCCUGGGCCCAGUGGGACCGUCAGCCAGAUGACUUCAGCCCAGAGACCAGAGGCCCAAAGGCAGGCGGCCUGGAGUGAGGUCCUGCCUCCUGUGGCCCCAAAGCUCCUGGCCUAUGUCCUGCAGGAUCCACAGCACAGAAGCCACAGAUGACCCUCGGGUGCCCAGCCAUGGUCAGGGCAGCCAUGGCACACUAGGCCCAGCCGCUGGACCCUGCCCAGCUCUGCCUGCCACUGUGCCCAGCAGGGACCAGCCUGAACUGUCAAGCACUCCACCGCCUGGAGCUGCAGUGGCCUGCUGCCUCUGGUUAGCUCGUGCCUGCCUGAAGUCCCCAACGCCUGGGUGCCCUGGCUGGGCUGCCACAGUGGCAGGCUGCAAGCACCAAGAAGGGGACAGCCAAGUAGCCUCGGUUCUGUCUAUUGGAAAUUAAUACCUCGGGAGCCCCCACCCAUCUCCUGGGAGUCAGGGAGUAGAAAUAAAAGGUGAAGAGGU